AUGCAUACUCUGAUUUUCUGGACAGUGAGGCAAGAGUGUGAUGGUAGAACACCUCACAAAUUAAAGAGACUUCAACAAGAGAAUAUGAAUUUGCUUUCGGAUGCCCGCUCCGCCAGAGUAUACCGAGAUGAAUUGGAUGCACUUUGGGAAAAAGCAAUUAGAGUUGACAAGCUUGAAAACAAAGUCAGCAGAUAUAAAGAGAGGCUACAUGAUAUUGAAUUUUAUAAAGCAAGAGUUGAGGAACUAAAAGAAGACAAUCAAGUAUUAUUGGAAACAAAAAGUAUGUUAGAAGACCAACUAGAAGGAACCCGCACUCGUUCUGAUAAAUUACAUGAAUUAGAAAAAGAGAACUUACAACUGAAGGCUAACCUACAUGAUAUGGAGAUGGAACGUGAUAUGGAUAGAAAAAAGAUUGAAGAGCUAAUGGAAGAAAAUAUGAGUUUGGAAAUGGCACAGAAACAAAGUAUGGAUGAGUCAUUACAUCUUGGCUGGGAAUUGGAACAGAUAUCAAGAACUAGUGAACUCUCAGAAGCAUCACAGAAAUCUCUGGGCCAUGAGGUGAAUGAAUUAACAUCAAGUAGAUUAUUGAAAUUAGAAAUGGAAAAUCAGAGUUUGGUGAAGACCAUAGAAGAGCUUCGAAAUGCUGUGGAUUCUGUAGAAAGCAGUAAUUCCAAAAUUCUGAAAAUUGAAAAAGAAAACCAAAGACUUAGUAAGAAGCUGGAAUUUCUUGAGAAUGAAAUUAUUCAAGAAAAGCAAAGUCUUCAGAAUUGUCAAAAUCUGAGCAGGGAUCUAAUGAAGGAGAAAGCACAGUUGGAAAAGACCAUUGAAACACUUCAUGAAAAUUCAGAAAGACAGAUUAAAAUACUGGAACAGGAGAAUGAGCAUUUGAAUCAAACUGUAACAUCCUUAAGGCAGCGAUCACAAAUAAGUGCUGAAGCAAGGGUGAAAGACAUUGAGAAAGAAAAUAAAAUCCUUCAUGAAUCUAUUAAAGAAACAAGCAGCAAGUUAAACAAAAUUGAAUUUGAAAAGCAACAAAUUAAAAAAGAAUUGGAAAAUUACAAAGAAAGAGGAGAAAGAACAGAAGAACUUGAGAAUGAGUUGCAUCAUCUUGAAAAGGAAAAUGAAUCAUUACAAAAAAAGAUAACUAAUUUGAAAAUUACCUGUGAGAAAACUGAGACCUUAGAGCUAGAAAAUUCUGAACUGGAAGUAGAAAACAGGAUUCUUCAAAGUCCAGUGGCAAGACAAAGUCAGGACAACUGGCGAUGGCCCCAGAUGCAGCAGAUGACCUUGGUGCCUUCUAUGGAUAACCAUGCUCUGAACUCUCCACAGCCACUUCUUCAGCCACCUUCAUGGAAGCAGGAGCAAAUUGCUCUCAUCUACCUGUUGGCAAGGGGUCGGGGUGACUUCACCUGCAGUGGGUAG